CACUCCUCACAUUAUUAUUAGCUAAGCCAGCCACCUGCCCUUUUUCCUUUCUUCUAUCAUCCGUCCGUCCCUCUCUCUCUCUCUCUCUCUCUCUCUCUCUCUCUGUAUUCUAUAUAUUUGGUGCAAGUGCAAUUUUAUUCGGGUUCAGUUUAUACUGAUCGAAUCGUAAUGCAAGACCAUAAGGGUAAUGUUAUUAAUAGCAAGCAUGUUGUGAUACGAAGUUACGAUGAGGACAAAGACUGUGCUCGGGUUGAAGAUCUCGUAAGACGUUGCGAGGUAGGGCCAGCUGGGAGAGGUUUCCUCUACACGGAUACUUUGGGAGACCCAAUUUGCCGUAUACGCAACAGUCCAGUUUACGAGAUGCUUGUGGCGGAGAUGGACAACGAGUUGGUCGGAGUCAUUCAGGGUUCCAUAAAGGUUGUCACCAUCCAAAUUUCCCCCAGGGAUAUGGCCAAGGUGGGCUAUGUACUCGGAUUGCGAGUUGCCCCGACCUAUCGACGAAAACGGAUAGGUUCUAGUCUAGUUUGCUCACUCGAGGACUGGUUCGUGUCCAACGGGGUGGAAUAUGCCUACAUGGCCACGGAGAAGGACAAUGAGGCCUCUGUCCAGCUCUUCGUGGACCGGCUCGGUUAUACCCAGUUUCGCUCCCCCUCGAUCCUUGUGAACCCUGUCAACCAGUUCCGGCGCCUUCGCAUAUCUUCCAGCAUUGAGAUCAAGAAGCUGACGCCUGAGGAUGCAGUGCCAAUGUACAAGAGAUGUCUAGGCUCAGCCGAGUUCUUCCCUCAUGACAUCGACACAAUACUAAAUAAUAAGCUUAGCCUGGGGACAUGGGUUGCGUACUACAAGACUGAUCCCUGGAAGAGUAAUAGUAAUAAUAACAAUUACAAUAAUAAUAGCAAUAGUAGUAGUAGUAUCAAUAAUAGCACAGGUUUUAGUGAUAAUGGUCGAUACGGCCCGAGUAACUGGGCCAUGCUGAGUGUGUGGAAUAGCGGGGAGCUGUUCAAGCUAAGGCUAGGGAAUGCGCCGUUAUCGUGCAUGAUCUACACGAAGAGUUCAAAACUGAUGGACAGGUUCCUCCCAUGCUUUAAAGUUCCUUCGAUACCCGAUUUCUUCAGCCCGUUCGGGUUCUACUUCAUAUAUGGGCUUCACAGCGAAGGGACACGGUCGGGGAAGCUUGUAAGGAACUUGUGCCGAUUCGUGCACAACAUGGCUACGAAAUCAUCGUCCAAGGAUUGCAAGGCUAUCGUCACGGAGGUUGGAAGUGGUGACAGGAUUAGGGUUCACAUACCCCACUGGAAGUUACUCUCAUGCCCGGAGGAUCUUUGGUGCAUAAAGGCCAUGAGGGGUAAGGAGAGAGGCAACCUCCAUCAGUUGACGACUACACCUCCAACUGCACCUCUUUUUGUAGACCCCAGAGAGGUAUGAGUAUGACAGACAAAUAUGAUGUUUAAUUAUACCUAGUGCUGACCAUAACACAGAGUUAUUUUAUGUAUGUCAGAGUAAAUAUAUCAUAUACGUAUUUGUUUUAUGUAGAGGUCGCAUGUUCGACACCUAAUGAAACUAUGCGUGUCCAUUUAAUAGUUAUUUUAUAAUUUCUCUUUCAUUAUAUUAG